GCCUUUGGACGCCAAUCUAUGCGCGUUCCCUACCCAUAAACACCUCAUCUCACAAGAAGCUCUAGAUACCUCACCAACGGAACGUCCAAACGUCCGAAAGCGCAACAGCGAGGACUAUAUGAUGCCGGACCUCUCAGAGACAGCGUUGGAAGAAACGAACACAAUUGAGAGGUGGAUCUGGGUGGGUGAAUGGGCGACAAGACGCAGGAGGAGACGACAACAAGACGCCGUCUGGCUACGUAUCUACCUACUACAGACGGUAGGACGAUGGAACGUGUUGGGAUGGCGAGGACCGGCACCCGCCAAACUCCUGUUGUCUCAAGCUCUGACAGCCAGCGUCCAUCUCUACCUUAGUAUGCGGGCAGUAACGAAGGCUCACGAGGAGGGUGCUGGGCCUGGGGGCGAGAUAAACGGGAGGAUGGUUAUCGGCGGGCAUGAUCUGGCAUUGGCACAACCCACCAACACCUCCCAACGUUCUUUGAACGAGCAAAAUCGAUGGUUGUUACGACGUUCCUCCUUCGUGAGAAAGUGUUCUGCGACGAAAGAUUGGUCCUCGUACGCGCUCGAUACUGCAUCUGAGACGCCGAUUUUGAGUCCAGGAAGAUUGAAGGAAGGCGGGAAGGAAGGCAGCUACUCCUCUCCAUUGCGCCCCCUCCGUCACCGCUCACCUGCUCGUACCUGGAUUGGCUUUUGGGGUGUAAUGCGUUUCGCGCUCGUCUCUGAUGCGCUCCUCGCCGCCUCGACCUCGGCAUUUGCCCCCUUGUUCACUCGUCAGGACGUCGCUGUCUCUCCUUUCGUCAGCCAAUGUGACGGCGACCUAGGUCGCUGCAGCCUGCCCAGCACUAGACUACAACUGUCUCUGCAACAACAUUCCAUCUUAUCGACUCCAGUCACUGCUACCGUUACCAAUGCUAUCUCUCGUGGCUAUGAACUCGCGAACGCCAUUGAUCUCAAAUACACCUCCAUGGCAACCUUUUCGAGCGUGCAAGUUGAGCGGAAUUUGGAUAUCUUCAAGAAUAGAACACUUUCUACUUUCUACUCGAAGUUGUUCGUCUCUCUUUCCCACAAUUGCCUGGUGGUUGCAGUUGACUUCCGUUUUAUAACUUUAUGCUCAAAAGGGGCGUAG